AUGGCGAAAGGAAGCUCUCAGUCGCAGGCGUCGUCAUCCUCCCAGCCUUCCCGCCCCGGCACCGUGGGCCCAAGGGGGACUCCUGCUGCCGCUGCAGGGAUGAGGCGGAGGAGAACCGCCCCAGGCGGUGGAUCUGGAGGGGGUUUCGGCGGCGGGGGGAGCAACAUGCUGAGGUUCUAUACGGACGAAGCACCCGGCCUCAAGAUGUCUCCAACGGUGGUGCUGGUGAUGAGUCUCUGUUUCAUCGGAUUCGUCACGGCACUCCACGUCUUCGGCAAGCUGUACCGCUACCGAUCCGCCGCCAACGGCGGUGGUUGA